GAAAGUGAAUAUCUGCGAGUAUCAGAAUGACAUGAACGAGAUUCGCAACGUAAGAGAAAGGAGCCAUGACAAGAGCCGAGGAUAACUUUAGAGUAACGAACUAAUGUGUACCUUUCUAAAUCAAAGUACGUGUACCAAUUAUUGGAACGCACGUGGAUGCAUACAUCGUCUUGGUCAAUGGUCGUUGGUUGAAUAGAGACGUCGUCCACUGGAUGGAACUUCAUACCAAGCCGAACAUGAGCAAUCAGGAGAAGAAUGCGAUAUGCAAAGUGGAGACGGCCUUUAAGGAAACCACAAAAAUGGAUAAUCAAGACAUUUAUGGAGCCUUUCAAUCCAAGGAUCUUAUCGUGGGAAUUGAGAAGUCCGAGAACAAUGAGGCUGGAGAUUCGCAUCCGACUUCCGAUCAUCCGACCUCGUACCUGGAAACCCUUAUGCAUUUGUUUAAAGGGAACGUGGGUUCCGGAAUAUUUGCCCUGGGCGAUGCUUUCAAGAAUGCUGGUAUCAUCCUGGGUCCAUGUCUCACACUGUUCCUUGGAUUUAUUUGCGUUCACGCUCAACAUAUGCUGCUCAACUGUAACGAGGAGGUUCGAAGACGCGUCGGUGACUCCUCGACUGUGCAACCAGGAUUCGCUGGAACCGUAGAGCUGUGCUUUGCAACGGGUCCACUUCGAUUUCGCAAAUAUUCUGUUCUGAUAAGAAAAUUGGUUAAUGUAUUUUUGUGUGUUACGCAACUUGGAUUUUGCUGCGUUUAUUUUGUUUUCAUAUCGAAAAACAUGAAUCAGGUCCUGAGUGUUUACGAAAUUAACAUAAGCGUCGGCGUUCUCAUGGCCAUCGUUCUGAUUCCUAUUAUGCUGAGUACCUGGAUAAGAAACCUCAAGUACCUCGUACCUCUGUCGUCCAUAGCCAAUUUUUUAAUCAUCGUGGGAUACAUAGCAACUAUGUACAUAAUGAGUCACGACUUGCCUCCCAUCCAGGAACGCAAGUACGUCGCCUCCUGGAGCACAUUGCCGCUGUUCUUCGGAACUGUUAUUUAUUCUUUUGAAGGUAUCACCCUGGUCCUGCCUUUGAAGAAUGAAAUGAAAAAGCCAAAAAACUUUGACAAACCAUUUGGCGUACUGAACGUUGGCAUGGUGAUAGUGGCAAUAAUGUUUGUGGCAAUAGGAUUCUUUGCAUAUCUCAAGUACGGGGAUGACGUUCAAGGCUCCGUGACUCUAAAUCUAGGUUCCGCGAUAAUUCCAGGACACACGGAUGGUUUCCUUUCAAGUUUACCUCAAUGCAUUAAGAUUUGCAUAUGCAUCAGUAUACUGUUCACAUAUGCACUACAGUUUUACAUACCAGUGGCCAUCAUAUGGCCUGGUAUAACUAGUCGGUUUGGUCCAUUCGCAUGGCCCACGGUUGCAGAGAUCUGCUUCCGGUCUCUUCUCUGUCUCGUAACAUUCAUCCUGGCGGAAGCAAUUCCGCAUCUGAAUCUGUUUAUCUCGUUGGUGGGCGCCGUGAGUAGCACGGCCCUGGCAUUACUGUUUCCGCCGAUUAUAGAGAUGGUGGUCUGCUGGCAGAGCGCCACACUCGGUAUCUUCACAAUUACGAAAGACAUACUUAUACUACUGAUUGGAUUGCUUGGUUUCGUUACGGGAACGUAUGAGAGUAUUACGUCGAUUGUCGAGGCGUUUAGUAAACAAUAAAAUUUUGUAUGUAUAUAAUUA